CGGCCGUUUUCUUGCUCCUUUGCUGUUGCUUCUGAUUGGAAGCGGCUGGAGGAGCAUCAUUAGGAGGCCGCCGAUGCCGUCUCCGGGGGGGGGAAGCUCCUUCGCCGCGACAAGAGAAGUUUGGGGAACCGGCGGCCUGCUUGGCGCUUCGGGAAUCCGGCGGGAGGCUGAGGAAAUGCAUUAUUUUGAAGAGGAGUUAACUUGUUCUAUAUGCUACAGUAUAUUUGAUGAUCCUCGUGUUCUGCCAUGUUCGCAUACAUUUUGUAGAAAUUGUUUGGAAAGUAUUCUUCAAAUCAAGCAAUUUUUCCAUAGGCUCCGCCAGCCUAAGACAAUUACUCACAAUGUCCCAACUAAAAUGCUUCCCCUCAAUUGUCCCAACUGUAGAAUUGUUGAAAUUCCUCCAUCUGGUACAGACUCUUUGCCUGUAAACUUUGCAUUAAGGCUAUUAUUAAAAGUAUCAACAGAGGAUCAUCCUGAAGUAGCUACCUGCAGUGAGCAUUAUAGACAACCACUAAAUAUUUACUGUCUACUAGACAAAAAACUUGUGUGUGGCCAUUGUCUUACAAUAGGAAAACAUCAUGGCCAUCCUAUAGAUGACCUACAAAGUGCCUACAUGAAAGAAAAAGAAACUCCUGGAAGACUCCUUGAGCAGUUGACCGAUAAACAUUGGAGUGAAGUUUGUUUGCUUAUUCAGAAUCUGGAGGAACAGAAAGCUCAGUGUGGGAGCAUUGUUCAGGAGGAUAAAAAAACAGUUUUGCAAUAUUUUAAGAGACUUGGAGAUGUCCUUGAUCAGAAAAACAAGCUUUACUUGGAGCGCUGGAUUGUAAAUAUGCAAAUUGAGGCAGAAUAUGAACCUCUCAUAGAAAUGUUGAAAGGUAUACGAGAGGAGCAACUUGAACUAAUGUCACUAAAUACAUUGUUUCAAGAAGAGUCUCCUCUUCAUUUUCUGGAGAAAGUUGAGGAAAUACGUCAGCGUGUUAAAAUUUUAAGGGAAAAACCAUUACCAAUGAUUAAGCCAGUUGAAAUCCAUCCUCGAGGACCGGUGUUAAAAGAUGUGUGGAGCAAAAGUGAAAUUAAUCAGAUUAACAAAAUUCUCAUUCCCAAAAUAAAGCUAAUUUCAAAGCAGAAAGUAUGUACCCAGAAUUGUAACAAUGAGACCAGACCAGCUAAAAAAUCCUUCUGGUCCUUCAGUCCUGUGGCAAUUAUAUUACUUUCUUUUAUUUUUUUUAUUGUUACAUUUAGCCAACAUAUUAACAUUCAAAAAAUAGUUUUUCCAUAUAUUUUUGAUACUUUGCAGAUAAUUUAUCAAGACUUAAGUAAAAGAUUACACAUAGCAGUGGAAAAUACUAUGAUAUACCCCUGAUUUAAUUGAAUAAUAUUUUUGCUUUUGAUAGCAACUUUUUGCCCUGUUAAGAAAAAAUCUGAAUUCUAAUGGAUUUAAUUUUAACUUGAUGUUAAAUUAAGGUUUAAUUGAUAUCAAUGUCUUUUGUCAAGAGUGUCAGAAAUUAC